UCUGGGAUAUAAGCCUGACCAAGAGGCGAUACCGUGAGCACAAGCCUCUUGGAGUGAUUGGAAAAGCUGUGGCCAGGAGCUGUCACCAUGUCGGAGAAAUUUGAGAUCACAAACUUGAACAUGAAAUCUGGGAUGACCCUGAAGAUUAAAGGCAAGAUCCACAAGGAUGUUAACAGCUUCACCAUUAACCUGGGCCAGGGGCAAGACAAGCUGAACCUACAUUUUAACCCCCGUUUUAAUGAAUCCAUCAUCGUCUGCAACACUCAUGAUGGCAACAGCUGGGGACAAGAGCAACGAGACAGUCACAUGUGCUUCAGUCCAGGAACAGAGGUCAAGUUCACUGUGGCCUUCCACAGUCAUGAGUUCAAGGUGACACUACCUGAUGGACACACAGUGACCUUCCCCAACAGGCUGGGCCACGACCACCUGCACUACCUAGGCAUGGUUGGGCUCCACAUCUCCUCCUUCAAGCUUGAGUGAGCACACAGCUCGUCCU